GUUUCAACAUUCGUCGUGUGAAGGUAGCGCUACGUUUCCCUCUUAAAGUGAGUCCGUAGCCAAGGGCGUGGGCAGAGACGAACAGAUUGCCCUUGUACCCGCUCCAGCCUCCGUGUUUUUACCGGGCCGACCGGCGACCCGCACGGGCUCGGCAACAUGAGUGACAUGAGUCGACUAACGGGAAAGAUUGGAGACGCAACUUUGAUAGAGAUGAGCCCGGAUUCCCUCUGUGACGAGGACAACAACGGCUGCCACCAUCAUCACCAUGACAUCGACCGUGACGAGUAUCCACACUCCCAGCCUGACCCUUCAGAGGUUGACAAGCAUCAGCAGAGUAAAGACUCUGUGUUCUUCCGGGAUGGAAAGAGGAGGAUUGACUUCGUCCUGUCCUAUGUGGAUGACCGAGACGGAGAGAGGAAACAGGAGAGGCGGAGGGAGUAUGAGGCUAACCUACAGAAAGCAGGGCUGGAGUUGGAGACAGAGGAUAAAUCGGUGUCAGAUGACAGGAAGACAUACUUUGUGAAGAUCCACGCCCCAUGGGAGGUUCUGGCCACCUACGCCGAUGUCCUCAAGAUCAAGGUUCCCUUCAAGGAAAACGACAUCCCCGUUCACCAGGACAUUCCCAUGGACUGGCUGUUCACUCCUUUCCGUCUACCGGACCACGUUAUGAAUCCUGAACCUGACUAUUUCACCUCACCUUUCAACAAGGGAAAGAUUGACUUCUUCCUCAUCGAUGACAAGGAGACGUUCUUCCCUCCUUCCGUCCGCAACAGGAUAGUGUACUACAUCUUAGCCCGUUGUCCCUACCACAAGACGGACAGAGAGGACAAGAAGGGCAUCAAGCGCCUGCUCAACAACGGCACCUACGGGUCUGCCUUCCCACUACAUGAUUCUCGAUACUGGAAACCAUCCAGGGACUCCAACAGUGAGAGUGAGAGAUUCAACCUCUACAAACACUGGGCCCAGUUUUUCAGUUUCUUCAAAGAGCAGCCCCUCAACUUGAUACGGAAGUAUUACGGGGAGAAGAUUGGGAUCUACUUUGCCUGGCUGGGUUUCUACACUGAGAUGCUGUUCUUCGCUGCGGUAGUCGGCCUGAUCUGUUUUCUCUAUGGAUUGUUCACCUUCGAUGACAACGUCUGGAGUAAAGAAAUAUGUAGUGAGGAGAUUGGAGGCAACAUCAUCAUGUGUCCACUGUGUGAUAAGAAAUGUGGCUACUGGAAACUCAACUCAACGUGUAACUCCUCCUGGCAAUCACAUAUGUUUGACAACGUGGGGACGGUGUUCUUUGCCAUAUUCAUGGGGAUUUGGGUGACUCUGUUCCUGGAGUUCUGGAAGCGUCGGCAGGCCCGGCUGGAGUACGAGUGGGACCUGGUGGACUUUGAAGAAGAGCAGCAACAGCUUCAGCUUCGACCAGAAUACGAGACCAAGUGUACCUCCCGCAGACUAAACCGCGUCACACAGGAGAUGGAGCCAUACUUACCCGUAACAUCCCAGUGUGCUCGUACAUUCCUGUCUGGAGCCACCGUCAUAUUUUGGAUCUCCCUGAUCAUAGCGUGUAUCAUCGGGGUGAUAGCCUACCGUUUGGCGGUGUACGCUGCGUUCGCUAGCAUCAUGAAGGACAGCCCCACCAAUAACAUCCACAUGGUGGGCUCCCUCAUCACCCCGCAGCUCGCCACCUCCGUCACCGCUUCCUGCAUCAACUUCGUCAUCAUCAUGAUCCUCAAUCUGAUGUAUGAGAGAGUGGCCAUCUGGAUCACUGACAUGGAGAUCCCCAAGACUCACCUGGAGUACGAGAACAAGCUGACUGUGAAGAUGUUUCUGUUCCAGUUCGUCAACUACUACUCUUCCUGUUUCUACGUGGCCUUCUUCAAGGGGAAGUUCGUCGGCCAUCCCGGAGACUACAUCUACAUGUUCGGCUGGAGCAAGCUGAGGAACGAGGAGUGUGACCCAGGUGGCUGUCUGAUUGAGCUGACCACUCAGCUGGUCAUAGUGAUGUCAGGGAAACAGGUGUGGGGUAACGUCCAGGAGGCUCUGGUUCCGUGGGUGAUGAACCGAUGGGGGAGCCGUAAAGCCCGCAGCCACCCAGAGAGUCGCUACAGUCGCUGGGAGCAGGACCACGACCUGCAGAACUUUGGACAUCUGGGACUCUUCUAUGAGUACCUGGAGAUGGUGAUCCAGUUUGGUUUCAUCACUCUGUUCGUGGCCUCCUUCCCUCUGGCCCCCCUGCUGGCGCUGUUGAACAACAUCAUAGAAGUCAGAGUGGACGCCUGGAAGUUCACCACCCAGUUCCGCCGGCCCGUAGCAUCUAAAGCCCACAGCAUCGGUGCCUGGCAGGAAAUACUCAACGGGGUGGCCGUCCUGUCUGUCGUCACCAACGCGUUCAUCGUAGCCUUCACAUCAGACAUGAUUCCUCGGCUGGUGUACAUGUAUGCCUACAGCAACGAUCUCUCUAUGAAGGGCUACAUCAACAAUAGCCUGUCCGUGUUCAACAUCUCUGGGUUCUCUGAGGACAACCGGCCUGAUGACGGAGAGAGCCCUGGAUGGUUCAACAGCUCUGUCAUCACCACCUGCAGGUACCGUGACUACCGCUACCCAUCGGGCCAUGAGAAGGAGUACUCUCACACCAUGCAGUUCUGGCACAUCCUGGCUGCCAAACUGGCCUUCAUCAUUAUCAUGGAGCAUGUGGCGUUUAUGGUGAAGUUCUUCGUGGCGUGGAUGAUUCCUGACGUUCCCUCCGAGGUGAAGGCCAGGAUUAAACGAGAACGCUACCUCAUCCAGGAGUACCUGCACAACUACGAGGUGGAGAAGCUGAAGAUCCAGCUGAGCCAGAGGAGCGAUGACUGCUGCUGCACCCCUAUGAUCUACCCCGACAUAUCCCGGCACGUGGUGCUGUCCGAGUGUCUCUAGCACCCGUCCUCGCCCUCCGCCCACUCGUUUGAUUUUGGCUCGUGUUCAUUAGGUCACACCACGGAAAACGUUUUAAAAUGUUUUUCAACAGGAAAUUUAAAUUAGUUUUUUUUUUUCUUCUUUUUUUUCCAUUGGACAAAUCCAGGUAGUUAGUCCCUGUUUGAAUCUGUUUUGUUCCGUUUGGUGCCUGAUGAACAGGACCCUGGUUCAGGUUGGGCUGGGGCCUGGGCUGGUCUUAAGGAGAUUCUCUAUAAAACUACCCUGAGAGGUAGUCUGUAAUACAAAGGGCUCAGUCUGCUGGUGGAGUGGAGAGCAAUCCUCACAGAAAUAGAGUACCUAAUACAAUCCAUCAUCAUCAUCAUCAUCAAAUACAUGAAGAUACUACAUUCAAGUAUGUCUUCAGGUCCGUCCAUGUAUGGUCUAUUGAUAUCAGAUCUUCUCUUCAAUCAACCACCCGCCCACCACUACAUCUAUUCUAACAGCAUGGGGGAAGCAGGGAAACAUGGCUGCUGCUAGUUAUUAUACUCUUACCGUACGUUCAGUUUAUAUUUUAAAUGUCUCUCUCUUUCUCUUUCUUUCUCUCUGUUCACUGUCUAUUUUUGUGAUUUUACUCUGAAAAAAAGUGGUUAUACUCUGCUGGUCAUUCACAAAAUCACUAAACACUGUUAAUGACUAGCGCUUAGCCCGCUACACACUGUGUUAAUGACUAGCGCUUAGCCCGCUACACACUGUGUUAAUGACUAGCGCUUAGCCCGCUACACACUGUGUUAAUGACUAGCGCUUAGCCCACUACACACUGUGUUAAUGGCUAGCGCUUAACCCGCUACACACUGUGUUAAUGACUAGCGCUUAGCCCGCUACACACUGUGUUAAUGACUAGCGCUUAGCCCGCUACACACUGUGUUAAUGACUAGCGCUUAGCCCGCUACACACUGUGUUAAUGACUAGCGCUUAGCCCGCUACACACUGUGUUAAUGUCUAGCGCUUAGCUCACUAAACACUGUGUUAAUGACUAGCGCUUAGCAAACUACACACUGUGUUAAUGACUAGCGCUUAGCCCGCUACACACUGUGUUAAUGACUAGCGCUUAGCCCGCUACACACUGUGUUAAUGACUAGCGCUUAGCCCGCCACACACUGUGUUAAUGACUAGCGCUUAGCCCGCUACGCACUGUGUUAAUGACUAGCGCUUAGCCCGCUACACACUGUGUUAAUGACUAGCGCUUAGCCCGCUACACACUGUGUUAAUGACUAGCGCUUAGCCCACUACACACUGUGUUAAUGGCUAGCGCUUAACCCGCUACACACUGUGUUAAUGACUAGCGCUUAGCCCGCUACACACUGUGUUAAUGACUAGCGCUUAGCCCGCUACACACUGUGUUAAUGACUAGCGCUUAGCCCACUACACACUGUGUUAAUGGCUAGCGCUUAGCCCGCUACACACUGUGUUAAUGACUAGCGCUUAGCCCGCUACACACUGUGUUAAUGACUAGCGCUUAGCCCGCUACACACUGUGUUAAUGACUAGCGCUUAGCCCGCUACACACUACCCUGUUUAUGUUGAUAAGUUAUGUUAUGUUGAUAAGUGCCACUAUUACAAGCAACCAAAGACAAAAAAUGCCUUAAUAUUUUACAAAUUAAUUGUUAACUGAGUAAAGAGGCUAUAGUUUGUUAGAUUUCCCUUUAUGGAAAAAGAUUGCAGUUAUACUGCGCUCUGUCUGCAAUCUCUUUUUGUGUAAAGGUUGUCUUUUUUAGUCGUUUUUUAUUUAUUUAUCUUUUGUGUUCUUAUAUGUUAAAUCUUUCUUUAAAAAAUGUUCAUAAUUCAACAAAUAUGCAAUAAAGCCUAUGUCAAGGAUCGAGGUCAGGUUUCCCCUUUGGUAUUAGUUGCUACAAAACAAGCAGAGGAUGUUGCAUGAAAACAAUCUUGUCAGAGGUUUUGAAUGCCAAAUUUUUUUUAAUCCAUGUCACUUUUUAUUUUUUAUUUUUUUUUCUAUUUAAACAGGGAGUCACCAUUGAGACCAGGGUUUAUUUCACAGGGAAGCCUGUGAAAUACAUAGACAAAUCAAAACUAACUAAAAUACAAGUACAACAAACCAUCCUGAAAAAAACAGCCACAUUCCUCAGCUAACACUUCCCCAAUCAAUAUUUUUAAAUGACCCAAGCUGUGUGUCCAAUUGAAGUGUAUUUUGCAAUUGGUUCCAGCAAUGGGGUGCAUUGUUUUGUCGACUGAAGUCAUAGAUUAUUGCUUUUGUUAAAUUACACUCGCUUUUUACACCUCGGUGUUGUCCACAGAGAUCUUAUCCAAAUAGCCAACUAGCCAACUUAGCUACUGUCUAAACUAAGCCAAGUAUCAGAUGUUUAAAAAUGUAAUAUGUUUGUUGUAGCAUAGUAGAUUUCAGUGCCAGAUGUGGAUUUUUGUUUUUACAGUAUAUAACAAUGUUUUCUAGGAUACUGUUGUGGGUUGCUUUAGAUCACAGGAUCUGACACAGCCUGUCUACUGUGAUGCUUUGUCCUGUCAAGGCCUGUUGUACUUACUGUAGGCACUCAUUUCAGAGGAGAGGAGGGGAGGGGAGAGGAGAGGAGAGGAGAGGAGAGGAGAGGAGAGGAGAGGAGAGGAGAGGAGAGGAGAGGAGAGGAGAGGAGAGGAGAGGAGAGGAGAGGAGGAGGAGGAGGCAGAGGCAGAGGCAGAGGGAGAGGAGAGGGUGGCAGCUGGUGCCUGUUUGUCGACUGAAGGAAAGAUAAACAUUAUUCUUUCCUCCCCAAAUCCUCAACUGUGUGUGUUCCUGGAGAAGAGAGGGUCGAGAGAAGAGAGAGAAUAAGAGAGGGGGGAGAGAGAGAGAAAAGAAAGGGAAAUCAGUCCCUUUUUAAUGUGCCUUUGUUUACCUACUUGUUAAGAGCUAGUGAACGCUUAGGUUGUUCUCAGCUACUGGGGCUUGUCAUCUUCCUCCAUCUCUCCCUGUCUCCAUCUCUCCCUGUCUCCAUCUCUCCCUGUCUCCAUCCCUCCCUGUCUCCAUCCCUACCUGUCUCCAUCCCUCCCUGUCUCCGUCCCUCCCUGUCUCCGUC